ACGCGCAUGUCUGUCAAGCGUCGUGUAAGCUUAUUCAGAAAGUCCAGUUAGCGAUCAUCUGUUCGCGCUCCGAAAUUUAUAAAAAACUUUGUUUUUUACCCCAAUAUUCUUGGAUUAAAACAUUUGCGCGAGCGCCAAAUUUUUUUGUCCGUUUGAAUAUUUUAUACUCGCAAAUCAAAACGCCUAUCGAAAAUUUAUCAUUAUUCGUGCAUUAUUGGCGUGAACGAUCGGUCGCACGUGAAUCACCGGAAAGAUUUGUUAAAAGGAAAAAGCGUAGUAGGCCCAAGGUCCUUAUUAUGUGCGCGAAAAUGGCCUUUCAACAUCAGCCGGGUACUGCAAUGGAGUGCCUAAGCAUACCAAUCACGUUACAUAAAGAAACAGAAAUUAAUGAAAAUGGCGAAGAAGUAAUGAAAUGUGGUUUUAAAAUUGGUGGUGGGAUCGAUCAAGAUUUCACAAAAAGUCCACAGGGUUAUACAGACAAUGGUAUAUAUGUAACAGAAGUACACGAAGGAUCACCAGCUGCAAAAAGCGGUCUUAGGAUGCAUGAUAAAAUUUUACAGUGCAAUGGAUAUGACUUCACAAUGGUAACUCAUAAGAAAGCAGUUUCUUAUAUAAGAAAGCAUCCAGUGUUAAAUCUUUUAGUAGCUCGUAAAGGUGUCACCAGUACUUAAAAAUAUUGCCAAAAGAGAUUUUUAUCUAUCAAUAUUUAUUUUUUAAUAGUCUUAACUUUAAAAAGGUGUUUGCCUAUCCAAUCUAUCUUUUCUGCCAAAUAAUAUAGUAGAAAAUAUAUUUUAGAAAAAUCUUGAUUUAAUUCAUUGUGAAGUUAUUGUUAAAUGUAGCUAAGACACAUGUAACUAAAAAAGUUAAAGUUUUUCUGUUUAUUUUAGAACUGAGAUAAGAAGUCAUACUAACUUGAUAUUGUUAGUUAAUAUUGUUAACUCAAUCAAUUUCUUCUAAUUUAGAAUUAUCGAGAUCGAAUAUUUCCUCUAUUCCUGUAUUUUUCUUCAAUUUCCAUUUUAAUUCUAACAGCACAUAUAUAUAAUGUUGUGCGCUUUGUCUUUUACUUACUUUUAUUCAUAAGACAAAUGUUUUGAGAAAAACGGCGAAAGAAAGAGAAUUUUAUUUUAGAAGAAAAUAAUUGAGUUAGAAUAGAAGUAAAAAUUAGAUCAAAGGAAUGCUAGAUAAGAAAAAAUCAAUUAUAUCCUUAUAAAAAAUGUUUGAAAAGAGAAAUGCCAAAGUAUAAUAAAAUUGCAUUAAGUUAUAUAUAUCUUUGACUACAGAAACAUGAAUUAUUGACUUUUUCUCAUAAAAGAGUACUGCCAAGGAUUUAUAUAUAACAUAUUCUACAUAUGUUAUAUUUAUUCAUUCUUGAUGCACUUUAGUCAUUAAAUUUAAAUAUAGUCAUUCUAUAAUUUUUAUAGUCAAAGAUAUACAUAAUAGGUACAUAAUAUCCACUUUUAUAACUAUAUAUUCUUUAAGUUCAGCAAAGAGAAUUGAUAUUUGUGUAGAGAAAAAGAUACUUAGGAGAAUUCCAAAACUUUCCAAAUAUUUAUACUAUAAGAGUUAUUUGCUCUUCCUUCUAAAGUAUGAUAUUUCUUAGAAAAAUCUUAGAACAAUUCAGACAUAUUAUUUUAUUUUUCUUGUCCAUAUUAUAAAACAUUAUUGUGAUAAAUUAAUUUACUCCUCUUAACUUGUAUAUCUAAAAUUAAUGUGGGGUAAAACAUUCCAAGCUGUUUGCUUAAUACAGUUAUCCAUUUAAUGUUGUAUCAUUGAAUAUCAACAAAUCUCUACCAAUUAGAAACAAAAUUUUUACCUACUCAACAAUCUCAAUUAUUAUGAAAUGUCUGAAUAUGUUGAGAAGUGAUAGAAAUUAUAUAU